AUGUCUCGGCGGGACCAAAGGUUUCGAAAGGGGAUGAAAGGACGGUGCUGGGAUUGCGGUUGCAUCCUGUCUCAUUGGUACUACGAGCGAGAUGGACAACUGUACUGCAAGAAGCACUACUGGCAGCAUUACGGAGACAACUGUCAUGGCUGCACCGAGACGCUCCAAACGGGGCUUGUUAUGGUCGCUGGGGAGCAGAAGUACCACCCUGAAUGCUUCACAUGUAUGAAGUGUCAAAUGUUCAUUGGAGACGGAGAGAGCUACACACUUGUGGAACAUUCCAAACUCUUCUGCGGUCAGUGCUUUAGUCAGGGUGCAGCAACAUCGCCUUCGUUGCCACCCAUCAAGAGCCCCCACACGGUGGCCCUUGUGUCACUUCCUCCUAAGACAGAUGGACAUCGAGGUCUGACGGUGGCCACUGAACUCAGCCAAGGGAACAGCCCUCUGCUUACCGUGAAAGCGUUAGAUUCAGGCAUCCUCGAUCGUGAUCUGCUGUCUUCGGUCCACGUUGGAGACAAUAUCCUGGAAGUCAACGGCAUUCCUGUCCACAACGUUUGCCCCAACGAGGUAGAUCAUGUGAUCCAGGACACCAGCAGGCCACUGCAGCUGACCAUUGAGCACAAUCCACAGUCUAAGAAUUCCGGAAACGUACAUGAAGACCUGAACUAUGUCUGUGAAAAAGUGCCUUCAACACACAUGCUCCCAAAUCUGGAGGAGGAACCUGAAAUGGCGAUGGAGACAGUCGAACAGAUCAGAACAAGUCUUUCUUCGCCUCAGCACAGAGGAAUCACAGGACUGCGAUCCAGGAACAUCCUGCGAAGCUGCAGCAUUGAAAAGUCAUCCUUGUCGCUCUUAUCCCAAAAGAAGGACAUGGUACGCUCUGAGUCUCUGCGUGCCGACCCUGGGGAUCGAACCCACCGCAUCUUCAGGCCUUCAGACCUCAUCCAUGGAGAAGUGCUUGGUAGGGGCUUCUUCGGACAGGCAAUCAAGGUAACACAUCAGGAGACAGGGGAGGUGAUGGUGAUGAAAGAGUUGAUUCGUUUUGAUGAGGAAACGCAUAAGACCUUCCUGAAGGAGGUGAAAGUGAUGCGCUGUCUGGAUCAUCCCAACGUCCUAAAAUUCAUUGGACUCUUUUACAAGGACAAGCGCCUCCACUUUGUGUCCGAGUACAUCCAAGGAGGAACGCUCAGAGAAACCAUCAACAAAAUGGACAAUGACUUCUCGUGGAAUGUCAGAGUGAGUUAUGCCAAAGACAUUGCAGCUGGAAUGGCCUAUUUACACUCCAUGAACGUCAUCCACAGGGAUUUAAACUCACACAACUGCCUGGUUAAAGAGAAUCAGUCUGUUGUGGUGGCUGAUUUUGGAUUGGCUCGUUUGGUGACCGCAGAUAAGAAUCGCAGCACAAGUUCAUCAAUGGAUCGGCCCCAAAAGGGAACGUUGACGGAGCUCCGUAAACCGAACCGGAGGAAACGUUACACGGUGGUUGGAAACCCGUACUGGAUGGCCCCGGAGAUGAUCAAUGGGAAAAGCUACGAUGAGCGUGUAGACAUAUUUUCUUUUGGAAUCAUGAUUUGUGAGAUCAUAGGAAGAGUAAGCGCUGACCCGGACUUCCUUCCUCGGAGUAACGACUUUGGUUUGAAUGUGGCUGCUUUCAUAGAGCAGCACCAACCCUCACACUGCCCUUUGGCCUUCCUACCUUUGGCUGCCCUCUGCUGUGACCUGGAUGCUGAUCAAAGGCCUUCCUUCACCAAACUGGAAGAGUGGCUGGAGAACCUGCUGAUGCACUUGGACAUUGGCUUGCCACUCCUCUCUGAGAUGGAGCAGCUCUGCAGAAACUUCUGGCAGGACCGAAAGCACAACUCAGAACUGAACAUGUUGUCCACAUCUUCACAUUCUCAUCCAAAUCAUCAAAAUAAAAGCGCAAGCUGCACACCUCAGGAAACAAGCUGGCAUUUGAGUCAAGAACUUGCAGAACAAAAACUAAAUGACAGUUCGUCGGUGUCAAACAUCUGCGAGAGCCAGGGAAAUGGACACGAUCACUCAAAAGAAACCCAAAGCGAACCAGAACUCUGGCCAGUUGACAGCCUGCCUGCAGGACCACCGAAUAGAUCCAGAAGGAUUUGCAGAGUAUUAUGGAACAAAACCACACAAGAUGACCAAUCUUUGCUAUGA